UAGCAUGUGCUGCUUUCUGAUGGGGAUAAGUCGUCAGCAAAGUCUGUUUAGUCAAAGCUCAAAGGCACUAGGUACUGAAAUUUUAUUAAAUCAACUAUAAGUUUAUAAUCAUAAGAGAAAUUAACUCUUUUGAUAAAAUAUAUCAACUCCACCACCUUCUCCGGACAUAAUCUCUCCAAUCUCCAAACAAACAACGAAGAAACAGAAUUUAAUUUGGACUUUUAAGAAGAGUUAAAUCCACAAUCUACACAAAUGAGAAUCAUUUGGAGAGUUGAUGAUACACUGGGGUAAUUAAAUGUCAAUCUAUUUGUGAUAAUUAUUCAGAGAGAAGUACAAGUGCUGAAGAAAAAUGGAUUGGAAGAAGACGUCAGUUAUUCUUUGUUUAUUUGGAUUUUUGAAAGAAUUUCGACCCUCGGAACCUUUUGUAACAAGUUACUUCACAGGAUCGUGGAAAAACUUUACAACCGAACAGGUCAAUCAGGACAUUUAUCCUUAUGGAACGUACAGCAAUUUGGCAUUCUUAAUUUUUAUAUUCUUGAUGACUGAUUUUUUACGAUAUAAACUUGUUAUUAUUCUAUGUGGAUUAUCUGGAAUGGCAACAUUUUUAACGCUAUUGCUUGGAAAAUCAUUACUUGAAAUGCAAAUAGUGGAAAUUUUAUAUGGAUUAUUUAUUUCGACUGAAGUUGCUUAUUAUACGUAUAUGUAUGCGGCGGUGGAUAAAACACAUUAUCAAAAAGUCACAGGAUUUACGAGAGCCGCCUUUUUAUUCGGGAGAUUUUUGUCUGGCCUUGUAGCACAAUUAACUGUAUCUUAUGGACUCUUGGAUUAUGAGCAAUUAUUGUAUUUGACAAUAACUGCACUUGGUCUCUCAACCGCCUGGGCUUUUCUAUUACCAGGGGUUAAGGGCUCGAUUUAUUUUCAUCGAGUCAAUAAUAAUGAAGACUUAACACUGUCUAAUGCUAAUAUGAAAUUAGAACAGGAAAGUGAAUCUCAAACUAUAACGAGGAAAUCGAAAAAUAUUUUACUAAAAUUGAAAGAAGCGUAUGCUUAUUUAUGGAAGGAUUUUCUAAAGGCUUUUACAAAUAGUCACGUUGUUAAGUGGUCCUUGUGGUGGGCUUUUGCAACUUGUGGAUAUGUGCAAGUUCUCAAUUAUGUACAGUUAGUAUGGGAGACUGCUUAUGGAAAAGAUCAAAAGAAAAUAUUUAAUGGUGCAGUUGAGGCUUUAUAUACAAUAAUUGGUGCAGUAGCAGUGUUUGGAGUUGGAACAUUACGAAUUAAUUGGCAUCUAUUUGGAGAGAUAAUUCUAUCGAUAUUUUCUAUUAUAGAAGGUAUCUUACUAUUUGUGUCUUUUAAAAGUUAUGAUAUCUGGUUAUUAUAUGGGGUCUAUAUUGCUUUUGGUGUUAUUUAUCAUACUGUGAUAACUGUGGCCAGUUUCGAAGUUGCGAAACACUUGUCCGAAGACAGUUACAGUUUGGUUUUUGGAAUAAACACUUUCCUGGCACUGGUUCUUCAAAGUCUGCUAACUUUUAUUGUGGCAGGUGGAAAUGUUCUCAUUCUCAACAUCAGACAACAGUUUCUCGUCUACAGUGGAUAUUUCGUCGCUCUUGGAUUAAUUUUCAUGAUUAUGGCCUUUUUCACUAUUAACAAUUACCGAAGACAAGGCAGAAAUUUACAGUUUUGGCAGAGUGUAGAUGAAACGAUCAGUACAAGUUGAUUUCUAGUUAAAAUUUUAUCAACUGUAGAGAUUACAGAAUUUAGAACAAUUUGGAAACGUUCUCUGAAUAUGCCGAGAAUUAUGUUCAAGGAAAUGAUAUAAAUUUACAACGCUUUUGACGUAAUUUAGAUUUUUCCAGUCAGAGAAGAUUUUUUAUAUUAAAGUUCUUAAUCUAUAAGGACUUUAUUUUUCUAGCUAAUACGAUUUUUAAAAAAUAGCUUUUUUUAUUCAAUUUAUGUCGACAAUUAACUUUUUAAAGCGUUUUCAUGAUUUUUACUUUCUUUUUUAACAAAAAAA